AUGACAGCCCGAGGCACCCCCAGCCGCUUCCUGCAGAGUGUCCUGCGCAAUGGGGUGGGCAGAUACGUGUGCCAACUCAAGAGACUCACCCUCACCUUCAGCAAGGACGCCCAGCCGUCCCGAGGAGCCAGGGAGUUUAUUGAAGAAAAGAUAGUUGACUUUGCCAAGCAGAAUCCCAGUGUUGUUCUGUAUGUGAAUCCCAAGCCAUGCAGAAUACCCAAACUGGUGGGGGAAUACUUGAAUGGGACUGUCAGAGAAGAAGCCAUUAACAGCAAAACCAAGGAGCAAAUACUAGAGCUGGUGCAGAAAAUGGCCAACCAGUCUGGGCUGGAGAUUAUUCGCAUCCGAAAACCUCAACACACAGACAACCCCAGCAUUCAGGGACAGUGGCACCCCUUCACCAACAAACCAUCUUCCUUAAACAUGCACGUGUUUGAUGCUGUUAACCAACAGACCGAAUCCCAUCCAUAA